CAUGGCGGAAUGACAUGUGGUGAACGUGGUAGUCUAAGAUGCACGGACUGAUUCCUGAAUAUUGCCCCAACGACACCAUUUUAGAAGCAUUUGCUCAGACUUUUUAAAUGUGUAAAGAUAGGGUCUUCAGGAGAUGUGAGUAUUUUCCAGGUCUAGGUUGCUACAACUUCAAGAAAUGAAAGAAGAAGCCUGGACAUAAUUUUAUCCUUUGUACUACAAAGUCUGGUUGUACAACUAGUUGCAAAGGGCACUGUACAAGGGUCAUCUGAACAAGUAUGAGUAAACGGAAAAAGGAAGGUGUCUCGGGACCCCAGGUCAAGCUUGCAAAGAGUGACAACACUCAGACCCAGCUUCAACUUCCACCACCAUUGCAUGAUGGAGAAAUCACAGAGAAGCUCCGAGAGGCAUGGUCCAGAAGUCUUGAUGUUGAGACUAGUUGUGUGACACUACAAGCAAAGCCUUUCCGGCACUGCAUCAUCAAGAACUACAUUUCAGAAGAGUUUGUUGCCGAAUUGGAGACUGAUCUUUCUCAACUCGCGUUCAACACAAAAUCAAAUGACCUUUACAGCUUCAAGCAGACCAAUGACCUGAAGACAGCAGACAGUCAGUCAGUUGGUGCAUUUGUGUCGUUGUUGAAGGAGAAGAUGAGAAACUGGCUCGUGGAGGUCACAGGAAUCCCCCUGAAUGAUAAAGUGGGCAUCACAAGUUCUAUCUAUGAGCACACAGACACUUUGCUCUGCCAUGAUGAUGAGCUGGAAGAGCGACGCAUCGCCUUCAUUCUCUACCUCACGCCUCCAUCAUGGACCAUGGCAGACGGAGGGACACUCGACCUGUUCUCCUCCUCUGAAGGCCGGCUUCAGCCAGAAAAGGUGGUCAAGUCUCUCUUGCCAACAAGGAGCAGCUUGGUCUUCUUUGAAGUGACAGCCUCUUCCUUCCACCAGGUAGCAGAGGUGCUCGCUACUGAUAAGCGUCGCCUGUCCAUGGGAGGAUGGUUUCAUGGGCCUCCCCUAGCCCGACCUGCUCCGAGUCCUGAGCCCAAAGUUCCCCUGAAGCCCUGGACAGAUGGGUACUUUGACAUGGUUGAGGACUGGGUCAACCCACUGUACUUUGAUGAUGAAGUCCUGGCUCAGAUACAGCAGGAUUUUGAAGACAACUCAGAAAUCCUGUUGGAAGAUUUCCUAAAGGAGGACAAGGUGCAGAUGAUAACUGCUGCACUACAAGCCAAAGAUCUGAAGUGGACUGAAACAGGUCCUUUCAACAAGAGGCACUAUGAGCAGGCAGACAGUACCAGCAUGCCUGAACUUGUACAACAGGUUACAGGAAUGUUUCAGUCUGAAGCCAUGUUCCUCCUACUCAGCAGGCUGACAGGACUUACUCUUCAAUCGGAAGAAAAAAAUGAUGAAGAAGAAGACAGCCAUGGCACCCCCAAAAAUGUUGGGGGGAAGUUCGUAGGUGGAGACACAGGUCCUAUACCUUGAUGCAUGACGAAGACCCUCACAACAAUGAUUUUUGCCUGGAUGCCAUGUUUUACCUCAGUGCCCAAGAUUGGAAGAGUGACUAUGGUGGCUAUGUGUCGUACAUAGCUAAAGGAGAGGAUGAGGAACUCCUGACUGUGGUUCCUAAGGACAAUGCCCUGGCACUGGUAUACAGAGAUUCUGACACACUGAGGUUUGUCAAGUAUAUAAACACAACAGCAACUGACAGGCAGACAAGUGCCCAGCAAGAUGGCAGCUUCUAUGAAGUCUAUAAUGCUUACUAUGAAUAAAGCAAUAAGUUUUCAGUAAGAGAAACCAUACAAUGUGCUUUUGGAUGUUGAAUAGAUAACAAUA